GCAGUUGUGUCUGGCACCUGUGCCCGGUCGCUGUGGCAAUGUCGGGACUCAAGCGGCCGCUGUCCGGGGACCUGCGGAGCGUGCUGAUCACCAGCGUGCUGAACCUGGAGCGGCUGGAUGUCGAUCUCUUUAGGGGCCGGCACCACUGGGUACCCGCCACGCAGCGCUUGUUCGGCGGGCAGAUCGCGGGGCAGGCGCUGGUGGCGGCCGCCCGCACCGUGAGACCCGAGGAGCAGGUCCACUCGCUGCACUGCUACUUUGUGCGGGCAGGGGACCCUGAGGUGCCGGUGCUGUACCAGGUGGAACGGACCCGUACAGGAAGGAGCUUCUCUGUUCGUUCCAUAAAUGCCAUCCAGCAUGGGAAGGCAAUCUUCACCUGCCAGGCCUCCUUCCAGCUCCCCGAGGAGAGCCCAGUGCAGCACCAGUUCACCAUGCCUUCUGUGCCACCCCCUGAGGAUCUGCUGACGCAAGAGGAGCUCAUCAAAAAGUUCCUGGAGGAUCCUAAACUGGCAGAGAAAUACAGGAAACACCUCCACAAGAUCCAAGCAGAGGAUGUGCCAAUCGAGAUCAAACCCAUCAACCCACCAGAUAAAUUCUGCCUGGAGGCACAGGAGCCGAAGCAGCUCCUCUGGGUGCGAGCACGAGGGCACAUAGGAGAGACCGAUAUGAAGGUGCACUGCUGCGUGGCUGCUUACAUCUCCGACUACGCCUUCCUGGGCACCGCGCUGCUCCCGCACCGGCAGUACCGCACCAAGUUCAUGGUGUCCCUUGACCAUUCCAUGUGGUUCCAUUCACCCUUCCAAUCAGACCACUGGAUGCUGUAUGAGUGUGAGAGCCCCUGGGCUGGUGGGGCCCGGGCACUGGUGCAGGGACGGCUGUGGCGCAGGGAUGGGGUCCUGGCUGUCACCUGUGUGCAGGAGGGAGUCAUCAGGGUGGAGCCAAGGCAAAUGAAGAGCAAUCUCUAGCUGAGGAAUCUCUGAGCUGCGGCCUGGGCACACCAAGGGAGCGACCUCAGCACCCAAGCAGGUGUGGACGAGGCAGGAGUGCUGGUGGCAGAGGCAUCUGCUGUGACAAACUGCCAGCUGCACAACAUGUAACUGCACACUACCAUCAGCCACCCUUCUCCUGCCUUAAAUAAAGCCAUCAAAUCACCAGCCAGGCCCUGUGCCCUGGAAUUUGUCCCCUGACAGCACUCACCUGAGAGCAGGUGCAGCCAGCAGCACCAGGGCUGGCUCUGCCCCCGCAGCAGGGAAAGUGCCACUGUGUCACAUGUGGCUUCCCCUUCUCACUUCUGCUGCCCUCUUCCUGCCCUGGCACUUGGAUCAGUCACUGCUUCUGCUUGUCCUCAGCCUCCUGCUGCAGGACAGGCUCCAAGAGCUUUGGUAAAAUGGAUGAGGC